AUGAUAGAAGUAGACGCUUUCACGGACAUGACUGAAUCUGCAGACGACUUCACGGUUGCGAAUUUUACUCAGACAAACUGGACGAACCUAACAGAAUCUUUUGUCAACACCACCGGGCCAUCUAGGCAUCUCUCUGUUAUAGGACAGGUGUUCAUCACGAUCUCCUAUGGAUUCGGCAUUGGCGCCAACAUUUGUGCCCUGGUGCUCCUCUCGAAGGGUGAGACUACAAGGAACAGGAAGCAGACUCUUAUGGUACGUUGUUUGGCCUGGAACGACCUGGUGGCCCUGUUGGGCUCUCUCAUGCUCAUGUACGCGCAACUGUACAUGGAAGAGUCCCUUUCGGACAGUCGGUGGUUUUGCGCUUUGAGGGUGGUCUUGCGGACUUUUGGACUGUCUUCAGGGUGCGUGGCUGUUGUGAUGGCUGCCGAAAGAUGGAUGGCUUUGACCAGACCGUUCCUAUAUCAGAAGCAUGUGACACCCAAACUCAUCAAGCGUGCCAUCUUCUCUCUUUGGCUGACCGCGCUUCUCUUGGUGUGUCUGCCAUUUUUCGGAUUCGGUCUCUACUAUGAAGAAUUUCCCGAAGGAACGAGCCCCGGUGUGCAUCACUGUACCAGAUACCGACAAGGACAGGACCCCGGAGACGUUGCGUACGCUUUCCUCAUGUUCUCAGUCGGUAAUCUGCUGUGCGUCGUCAUCGUCUGCUGCAACCUGGCAGUGGUGAGAGCCUUGUGCCGCAUGGGGAGGAAGAGUCACGCCCACUGUGGAAGGACCACAGUCCGGAAGGACAGCAGAGAGUUGUCCUACAACCACGCGACACAAGAAGAGUUGUCAUUUGCAAGACUUAUGGUCGUCCUAUGUGUCUUCUUCGUCGCAUGUUGGGUACCACAAAUGGUGACCAUCGUGAUGGCCCACAUAGAACCUGAGAACCAAUCCCAUCCUUUUUAUCGCAUCGCCGACGUCUGUAUGGCUCUCAACUUCACUCUGGACCCUGUCGUCUACGUAUUAUCGAGGCGGCCUCACAGGCGAGGUUUACGCAAACUUUUAAAGCCCCUCUGCCAAUCAUGUUGGAGCCACGAAGGAAGGACCCCGUCUAUGAGGUCAUCCCAAGACAAAACACCAACCCAUUGCCAGGGAAGCAAAAUUUCAAAAGGGGCGAAUCAAAACAGCAACAGCAAUAGUCACAGCUCUCAAAAGGAAUGCAUCAUCUUGGAGCAAAUGAACAAAAUGAAUCCAAAGUUGCGCAUUAUAUUUACAAGCAACGUGCAGAAGAAAAAUGGAAGUCAGACACCUUCAGUAAAAGAAGAGUCAACCUAA